ACAAACCAAGUUUUUGGCACAAUAUGUUUUGUUAUUCAAUAACCGACGGUUUGAAAUAAAUAUCUCCAUUCUUUGACGAUGAUUAAAAAGAAACCACGCCGUUUAUAUGUGAUUUUGUUAAAACGUCAGAGGUCUUUAGAGAUCACGAUGCUCUUCGAGUGACUUGUGUUUUCAGUUUUGCAUGUGUAUCGUGUCACGCGGGUGUACCGUGAACACAUGUCUAACGGAGUAGUUUACUUUUUUAUCGUCGUAGAUUCUCAUAGGGUUUUUUUUAGAUAACGCAUGCUCUUGGGAGAAGUGUCACGUCGUUCAAAUAUUGCGCCAGCGUCCUUGCGUUCUGCGAUGUGGGCCCCGUGGCGCGUUGUUAUGAUCUAUCAUGGCGUACUGUAGUGUUGUGACCGCUUGGUGUCUAUGUCAAUUUUAGAGUGAUAAAACUCGGGAGAGAAACAGUGCGAGUGGCGAUGCGAGUCGACGACAUCUGUUCUCGCGAGAUAAUCGUGUUCCUAUGAGCUGCCGCGUCCCAAGAGCGUUUCAAGUUGUACGCACGUUUCACCACUACCCGUUGUCGUCGUCGUCGUCGUCGUCGUCGUCGUCGCCGUCGUCGUCGCUGCCGCUGCCGCCGUCGUCGCUGAAGGCAGAAUACACAGAAGCAGAGUGCGCGCACACACAUACACACACACGCGCGCAACGUUUUGCCAUCGAGGAAGUAUCGAAAUAUCUCUGAGUAAUAAAAAAUCACGACGUUAGGUCGGUCGAAUCGACGGCUGUUGCAGUAUCCAAGCCGGUGCGUCCUCCGAAAAAUCGCCGCCGACGCGACACGUGAAGCACACCGCACAGCGCGCAAACUUUUCCCGCGCGCAUCCCGCAUCUCUCUCUUCCUGGAGGAGAGUUCGGUGCGGCAUCUAAGAGGAGCGGUGAUUUAUGCAACGGUGCGUAAACAUACAGCGUCGUAAAAACAGCCGCUGGAAAGCCUGGAAACGCGAAACGUUUGUGUGACGCGCGUCCAUCGCUACGCCUGAGCCUGUCUCGUCGUUUGUGCGAAGCACGCGAAAAUACCAUCUUCACCGCGAGCAUCACUCGAAUCUGGUGUCGAAACCCACUGGUGUAUAAUCUCUGUGUUGUUACGCCACACGAGGUUUCCGACUAUAAAGACCGUCAAGCACUGCUCCCGCACUGUGUGUGUGUGUGUACAUAUAUACGUAUAUGUGUGUGUGUGUGUAUGCGUGUGUACCGAAGCGUUCCUUUUUUUUUUUCUGCGUAAAGACGUUGACGUACCACACGUUUUGUUUAUACUACACAUCAUUGAUGCAAUAACAAAACUUUAAUGGGUUCUACAAGGGCAUGCGGAAAUUUAACAUAUCUAUGUCUGUCCAAUAUUGUUAAUCUGAUAAGCAUCUGAAAGACUUUUUUCCCAGUAGAAAGUGAGAGUAUAAUCGCUGAGAGAGCCAAAGAUCCAGCAAAUCUGAAAAGGCAUGCAGGAUAGUUGGUGACACUGGAGAGAGUGUUUACUAAUUAGUUUUACAAUAUGACGGAUACACGUAGAAGAGUGAAAUUGUAUGCUCUUAAUGCGGAUAGACAGUGGGAUGAUCGUGGUACAGGUCAUGUUUCCUCUUCUUAUGUAGAUAGAUUAAAAGGGAUCUCUCUGUUGGUAAGAGCGGAAAGCGAUGGCUCUGUCUUGCUGGAGAGUAGGAUACAGCCUGAUACAGCAUAUCAGAAACAACAGGAUACUUUGAUAGUAUGGUCAGAAGGGGAUAACUUUGACUUGGCUCUAAGUUUUCAAGAAAAGGCAGGCUGUGACGAAAUAUGGGAGAAGAUCUGUCAAGUCCAAGGCAAAGAUCCGUCAGUAGAAAUUACACAGGAUAUUGUAGAAGAAUCCGAAGAUGAGCGGUUUGAUGAUAUGUCAGAUGCAGCACCACCCAUUGAAUUACCACCAUGUGAACUUAGCCGACUGGAAGACAUUAACGAACUCAUAGAAAAUUGUUUAACAUCCCCUAUGAGAAAAGAAAAAUUGGCAGUGGCACUGGAAUCAGAGGGUUAUAUUAAGAAGCUGUUACAUCUGUUUCGUACAUGCGAGGAUUUAGAAAACAUUGAAGGAUUGCAUCAUCUUUACGACAUAUUUAAAAAUAUUUUCCUACUUAAUAAAAACGCGCUGUUUGAAGUUAUGUUCAGCGAUGACACAAUUUUUGAUGUUGUCGGUUGUUUGGAAUACGAACCGACGUUAUCUCAGCCAAAAAGACAUCGGGAAUAUCUUCGGCAGUUAGCUAGAUUCAAGCAAGCGAUUCCAAUUACAAAUACCGAAUUGUUAGCUAAAAUACAUCAGACAUAUAGAGUUCAAUACAUUCAAGACGUUGUGCUGCCAACCCCAAGCGUAUUUGAGGACAACAUGUUGAGUACAUUGAGUAGUUUUAUAUUCUUCAAUAAGGUUGAAAUAGUAACUUUGAUACAGGAUGAUGAGAAGUUUCUCACUGAACUUUUUCGUCAGUUGACGGACGAAGCAACUUCAGACAGUAAAAGACGCGACUUGGUUCUUUUUUUGAAAGAAUUUUGCAAUUUUUCACAAAACCUUCAGCCCCAAGGAAAAGAAGCAUUUUAUAAAACAUUAACAGCACUUGGUAUACUUCCUGCUUUAGAAAUUACUUUGGCAAUGAAUGAUUCUCAAACAAAAACGGCCAGUAUAGAUAUAUUGACAUAUAUUGUGGAGUUUUCUCCAAGUGUUGUACGAGAUUAUACCCUACAGCAGAUGAAUACUACAGAACAGGACCAAAUGUUAAUCAAUGUAAUAGUUGCUCAACUUGUUGGAGAUAGCGAUCCUGAGUUGGGUGGAGCGGUGCAGCUGGCCGGUGUGCUGCGUUUGCUCCUGGAUCCCGAGAACAUGUUGGCUUCUGUUAACAAGUCAGAGAAGACUGAUUUCUUAAAUUACUUUUACAAAAAUAGUAUUGGUACUUUAAUAGCGCCUCUCUUGGCGAACACAAUCGGAGAUCGACCUGCGAGAGAAGAUUAUAGAACAGUACAACUUUUGGGCUUGAUCUUGGAGCUGUUGUCGUUUUGCGUAGAACAUCACACAUACCAUAUUAAAAAUUGCAUAUUGAACAAAGAUUUACUCAGAAGAAUAUUGGUUUUAAUGAAAUCAACACACACUUUUUUAGUACUAUGUGCAUUAAGGUUUAUGAGGAAGAUUAUAGCAUUAAAAGAUGAAUUUUAUAAUAGGUACAUAAUUAAGGGUAACUUGUUUACUCCCGUAUUUGAUGCAUUUGUAAGAAACAAUGGCAGAUACAACCUUUUAGACUCUGCUAUACUGGAAAUGUUUGAGUUUAUCAAAUUGGAGGAUAUUAAAUCGUUAUGUUCACAUGUUGUUGAGAACUUCUCGAAAGAAUUGGAAGCAAUUGAUUAUGUACAAACAUUUAAGGCAUUAAAAUUAAGGUACGAACAGCAUCAAGACAAGCUGAAAGAUCGUGAUAGAACUACAAUUGACAGUGUUCCAUCAAUUUUACGGAAUAGUCGAUACCGAAGAGAUCAAAGGCAGCUAGAUGAGGAGGAGGAGCUAUGGUUUAACGAAGAGGAAGAAUUUGAUGAGGAUUCAAAGAGUCACCAACAGCAACAACAACAGCAAACUAUGUUAAACAACAAUACUUCUAAUAACAACAUUACCUCGCAACAACCGCAAAUCAACAAUAGUACAUCAACGGCGAAUGAAUCACCGAUCGCUUCGGAUAUAAAUCCUACUCCGGCUAUUGGUACUGUGGAAAAAACGGGAACUGCACUGUUUAAAAAGGGUUUAGUCGAUUACGAAGGAGAUUCGGAUGAAGAGGAAGAAGAUUCAGAAUUAAGUCCUUCGCCAAAGCGGCAAAGAUUGUCAUAGUAGGCAAACAACAAAAACAAAGAAAGAACAAGACAUUUGUGAUUUUUAAUUGCUAUUAUCAUUUCGUAACCUUCCUACAUGUAAAAAACAGAUCUAUUCCUUCAUUUUUGAAAGAAACAGAGAUGAGCUUUCUCACUUAGGAAUGGACGCAACAAUAAGUGCUUUUAAAGAGACGUGUGGUGGACACUCAUCCAUAGGUCCGUCUGUGUUGACUUGUGUAUAGUAUAUAUGCAAAACUAGCGUCUGAGUGAAAAACUAAGCUAUGUCGAUCGAGUGUAUCCGGUAAAACAAAGGAGAAUGAACUGUCGUUUGAACAAAAGCAACAAAAGAGGUAACAAUGUGGCAUAAUAUGACAUAGUGUGAGAAUGUAUGUACUAUAUACUGCGUAAAAAAAAAAGUAAAAGAUAUUAAACCAUAGUCCAUUCCACUGUCUGGAAACACCUUUGCACUAGGAAGAAUAACCUCAUGAAUAAUUAUGACUAGACUAAGGAAAUUUGGCUAUUCAGCCAAAUUUAUUAGUAAUUUACAGAUACAGAAGAUGAAGCUUAGACAAUGAUAUACUGCAACAUUGCAGUUGUUGAGUUAUGUGAUACACUAGGAAUAGUGUAUCACAUGGAGUCCGUUGAAAAGAAGUUUACACGCUGUAAGAUCAGGGGAGACAAAGCGUACAUGUGAUGUACCGCACAAAAGCAACCGAAAGUUUUGUUUUGCUAUUUGUAAGUUUCUUAAUCGCCUGUGUUGCGCGAUAAAGAGACCUUACUCUUCAGAAUAGUCCGACACUAUAAAACUAUUAAGUUUGACUGUGGAGGAUAGUAUUUAGUUUGUAUAUAUAUAUAUGUAUAUUUGUAAUGAUUGUAAACACAUACACAACAUACACUCUUUGAUUAAGCAGAUACAUAGCAACUUCUUUAAGAGUUUUCAGUUCUUUUUAAAAAAAAAAAAAAUUUUCAACAAGCUUUUCGGUUGUCAAUGUAAGUAGCAGUAAUUGUAUAAUAAUAAAUAUUUGAUUUAUGUAUAUUUAUGCCAGUCUGUGUGUAUGCACUUCAUGCCCGAUGUUAAUCCUUGAUGUAUAAAGUAUAACCUGAGUGUAUCACGAAAGUUUUUGAGCCACAGUAAGCUUAAAAAAUAUAUUGGUCGUAUCAAUUAUCUGUGUUUACAUGGGCAAAAGCCAAAAAAUUGCAAAAACACGCUUCAUAAAAUCACUAAA